GGAGGGAUCGGGGAGCGGCGCUGAGCGGAGCGGGGCGGGCGGCGGUGCGUGCGGGGCUGCGGGGUCCCAUUCGGGGCACGUGGGGCCUUCAUCCCACAGCGGGGUGCUGGGGUGGGAGGGUCCUUACAGCUGGGCGUCCUUGCAGGGAGCCAGGCACCAUCCCAGCCCCAUGCAGCACUGAGACGCUCUGCUGCCGUCCGGCUGUCGUGGCCCAGCGACCCCCUGAACCACCAUGGCAGAGAAGGUGAAUAACUUCCCACCGCUCCCCAAAUUCAUCCCCCUGAAGCCCUGCUUCUACCAGAACUUUUCGGAUGAGAUACCCAUCGAUUAUCAGUCCCUGGUGAAGAGGAUCUACCACGUCUGGAUCUUUUACUGCAUCACGCUGGUCGUGAACAUCAUUGCCUGCCUGGCGUGGUGGAUUGGAGGUGGCUAUGGUGUCAACUUUGGCUUGGCCAUCCUCUGGCUGAUCCUCUUCAGCCCCUGCAGCUACGUCUGCUGGUUCCGACCGGUGUACAAAGCCUUUCGGUCGGACAGCUCCUUUAAUUUCAUGACCUUCUUCUUCGUCUUCGGCUUGCAGUUCGUCCUCACCUUCCUGCAGGCAGUGGGUUUCUCCGGAUGGGGAGCGUGUGGGUGGUUGGCGGCCAUCACGUUCUUCAGCACCAACGUGGCAGCUGCUGUGUUCAUGCUGUUCCCUGCCAUUAUGUUCACGAUGGCAGCGCUGGCGAUGCUUGUCUGCAUUUUGAGGGUGCACAAAAUCUACCGAGGGGCCGGCGGGAGCUUCCAGAAGGCUCAGGAUGAAUGGCACAGCGGUGCAUGGAGGAACCCCCCCAGCAGAGAGGCCCAAUACAACAACUUUGCAGGGAACAGCCUGCCCGAAUACCCCACGGUGCCCAACUACCCCUCGGGAAACCAAUGGCCUUAGGCAGCCCCGGGCUGCACGCUGCCUGGAUUCUCUCCUUUUUUUGCUCCUUUUAUCAUUAUCUGAAAAGGUCAUUUGCAUUCCCCUCCGUACGCUCCGCUCUUCGUGGGGUUUUCUUGUUGGUUUUUUUUUUUGUCCCCUCGUGGCUGCAGAAGAUGUGUGCUGCCUGCUAUGGCACGCCAAGAGCUCCGCACGGCCGGAUCAGAACAUCUGAAGGUUUUUCCCUUGUGCUGCUCCAGCCUUUGCCUCAUUGCAGGCCGAGGAACCCACUGCUCGCUGCCCUUUGCUCGAGGGCUCCUUGUGAUUGUGGCUGAGCUCCCUGCAAUGUGAGCACUGCCAGCGUUGCUCUCCCCACGCACCACCAAGCUGUCUGUCCUUGGAACAACCACAGUCUGAGCAUGAUUACCAGCCGGCGUUGGCUCUCCCAGAUGAGUAAUCUGGAAUCUUUCACUCCACAUUGGGAAAUGCAACACCUGAUUUCUUUGGUACUGCUGAUCUGAAGGUGGCUGUGCAAUCUGCAGCCUCAUCUGCCUGUGCUCUCUGGUGAAGAUUCCUUCGUAAGGCAGUGCUCACUGUGGGUGAGUGUUGCUCAGAAGUGGAGUCCCCAUUUCUGUGGCUAGAACUGCUCUUAGGAUAUAAGUCCUGCUUUCCACGCUCCCAAAAGCUUUAGCUGGAUCUGUAUGCUGCAGAGGUGCAGAUUCAUCUCAUUUUGUUAAUGAGUGCUCGCCGAAAGCCCACUGGAAGUUAUGGUAAAGCCAACUGGCGUUGGGCUCUGAGCCUGCGGAUGCUCGCCCUCUGACAGGCAGGCAGUGUGAGAUAUCUGUGCCAUCCCAGGGUUUCCAUGCUGACCCCACAUGUGCUGAACUGACAUGCCUUGUCCUGUGUUCUGGCCUCCAGCUGCUGGGGCCCUUAUCUCAGCGCUGGGCCCCAGGGCAGUUUGGGAGCAAUUCCACUGCAAUGGAUAGAUACGUACACCAUCGUGCAGUGAGCUGUCUGAUAGACCAAGGGAAGCUCAGUAGUCCUCAUAACUAUUGUCAGCAGUGCAGAGCUGGCGCCGGUGCAUCCAGCAGCACUUCCUUCCAGGUACAAGCAGAACUUCUUGCCUUUCCCCAGGAAUCAGCAAAAGAGAAUAAAGCUGUUGGGAGGGAUUGUAUGCCUGAGAGCUAGCACUGAUCUCAUCACCCACCUUCAUCUCAUGCAUGUCCAGCAGGACAGCCAGAGCCUGAGCCAUCCCAUUCCCUGUGUCCUGCAGCGACCCGAGCACAAAGGCUGUGCUUUCCCCUUUCCCCCAGCACCCUGCUGGGAACUCUGUCUGCCUGGGAGGUCAGUUCCCAAUAUUUCUGAAGGGAGUGAGCGUUAAGCAUCUUCAGCUCUGACAGCUGGUCCUGUGCAGAGCCAGGUCUGGAGGUUUGGGUUGGCCCCACGGCCUGCCAGCUCUGGGGGAUGCCAGAGGUGCUGGAGCCCGAGUCACUCCGUGUUCACACUAAGUAACUGGAAAGCAAACCUGGCUCCCGGACAGGGACAGGGAGGCUGCCCCAGCUAGGAGGAACUGAUUUGCAAGUGAUCUUUUGAAAACCAUUUCUACAUGUGCCUUAACUAAUGAUGUUAGUUCACGAAGGAGAAAUCUUUGUUCCCCGUUCCCCUCUGCAAAGCUUCCCCUUCGCUCCAUUAACUUUUCCCAUGUCAUUCCGUAAACACUCAGCAAAGUACAGCUUGGAGUCUGCACAACACCUUUGUUGUUAGGGCCAAAGCAACAGCAAACAUCAGUGGGAGGGCAGAGCCUCCUCUGACCUUGGUUUACGAGCAGCACUGACCCCUGCUGCAGCACCAGCCCUUCGCUGCCUUGGGGAUAUUUCAUGUGCUGAACACAAGGGUGUUUUCUUCUUGCAAGUGUGCACUGUGUUUGUAAUUACAAAUGCUUGAAGCCUUCAUCAUAGAAUACGACCUGGUUGCGUUGCCAAGCUUUUAGGUGCCUUUGUCAUGUGUCAAGUGUGAUUUUAAGCGUUCUGUGUCGCUUGCCAUCAGAGAGUGAUAAAAGAACCGUGAGGAGAAACAUUGCCAAGAGACUCUGUACUUCUUCUCUUCUUCCCUUUGGGGAAUCUGGGGGUCUUUCAAAGAGCCCAUCUUGCAUUUCCAACCUGCUCAGUGCAGAGAAGGGGAUACUUCAGAGCUUCAAACCAAUACUGGUUGGAGGCAGACACCAAAAUCACGACCAUCGUUAGCAAAAGGAUUGCUAAAUCAUGAGCAAACACUGCCUGAGAUUUCUAAAGAGCUUAAGUGGAGCUCCGUGGAUGGGAGCUGCCAUCUCGAAACGCAUUUCCCCCCUUCCAUCCUUUUCAAUGCCAGAAACCCAAAUUCCAGCAAGUCGACUCAGUGCUGCCUGAACUGCCAUGGCUUAAAUUCUUCGGGCUCCUCUAUGGUUUUUAAUGUUUACAUUCAGUCUCUUCACACCAUUAACCCGGACCCGGCUCCUGGUUUUGCUCGUGUCCGCGUGUUUGCUUUGUGUCACUCGCGGGGCUCUGCCUUCUGUUUGUGUUUUGAUCACAAGACAAUAAACGCUCAUCCUGUGCUCGAUGAGAAGAA